AUGGCGGGAGUGAACGGAGAUCGGAAAGGAAAGAAAGAGGACAAUGGCCUCGGCUCAGCCAUCGACUUCAUGCUGUCCAAUGCCAAACUGGUGCUCGGGGUCGGAGGAGCCGCCAUGCUGGGGAUCGCUACACUCGCUGUCAAGAGAAUGUACGACCGAGCCCUCAGCGCUCCGUCCAGCCCCACAAAAAGCAACCAAUCAGGAAAGAGGAGCUGGGAGGAGCCGAGCUGGCUGGGGUCAUCACCACGGACGUUGAAUCACGACAUGAAGCAGAACGUCAGUCGGUCGCUGCAGACGCUCCCCACGUCCUCCAGCUCGCUUCAGCAGGACUUUCCCAGGAGGACAGCAGGACGUCCUGGGGGCAGCAGGAGCAGUAGUAAAGCGGCGCUGCAGCGGGGCCGGAUGCGUCUGUCCCUGCAGGAGCACCUGUGGGCGUUUUAUAACGAGCGUGUGAACAUCUCCGCCGAGGAGCAGCAGGCAGCUCGACACGCCGCCCUCGACAUCUGUGCAGAACUCCGAGCCUUCAUCCACACCAAAGUGCCAGACAUGCCGCUCCGAGACAUGUACCUCAGCGGCAGCCUCUACCACGACCUACAGGUGGUGUCAGCAGACCAUGCUCAGCUGAUGGUUCCUUUGAUCCUGGAGAAGAGCCUGUGGUCAUUCAUCCCUGGUGAGGAGACCAUCAUGAACGUUCCCGGGUUCUGGCUUGUCCGUCGGGAGAACCUGGAGUAUUUCCCUCGCGGCUCGAGUUACUGGGACCGCUGCCUGAUCGGCGGUUACCUCUCGCCGAAGAGCGUGCUGGAGGUGUUCGAGAAGCUGGUGACGGGCUGCAUGAACUGGCCGGCGAUCGGCAGCGUGCUGGGUUACGUGGUCCGUCCCGCCGUACCGUCGCUCACGGGGGCGAUCACGCUCGCUCUGGAGGUGCAGUACGACUCUGAUCGAUGGCUUCACGUCGACUUCCUGCCUCUGCUCGUCUCGGAGGACACGGUGUCUCUGGUCGCUAAGCCGCACAGAGAGCGAGAUAACCUCUGGAGGCAGAGUUUUUGGUCGUCGGAAACGACCAGGCUGCUCGCUCUGGACCGAGACGACGACGGCUGCCGCUGCGUCUGCCUGAAAAUCGCCAAGGCCGUGUGCAAACUGAACCCUGCGCUGACGCUCCUGAACGCCAGUCACCUGGCCAACGCCGUGCUGCUGCUGAGCGAGAGCGAGCACGACUGGAGCCGGGGGGCGCUGGCCGAGCGUUUCACACAGCUCAUCCGUGCUCUAGUGGGACACCUGGAGGCCGAGAGGCUUCCCUGCGCCCUUGACUACAAGGUCAACCUGCUGUGUGAGCUCACAGCGCGAGAGGUCGACGAACUGGGGUACACACUCUACUGCUCACUAUCAGACCCCGAGAGUCUGCUCAGAACUGUGUAACACACACACACACACACACACACACACACACACACACACACACACAUUACACAGGGAACACUGAUACCAAACUAGCUCAUGUACCAAUGAGUAGAAUUGUGUGUGUGUGUGUAAUGAAUCUGCUGCUAUGCUUCAUCAGUGUUCACGUCAUCAGGUCACCUCCAGCACUUAUCUGCUGUACUGUUCAUAAAACGGCAAAAGUGUGUUUUUAUGUGUGUUAGCAUGUUGAACGUUAGCGCUAAUGUAAGUUUAUGCGCGAGAUCAAAACCCUUCCAUGUGAUUUGAUGAAUAAGAGAUGGAAGGUCUUUUCAAGGUCUGGAUUAGUAACGGGUGGUGUAGGAACCCUGACAGCAACACCAUCUCCAUUUGUCCAUUUAUACAUCCAGACUAGACACACACUUGAAGCGUCUCUGAAACGUAAGCCGGAGCGAGAGAAGAAAUAACCGCCACGGAGACACAAGCAAACGUUUGACGUGGCUGAGAGACACGUAGCUGCGAGAUCAUGCUGUUCAGGUACUAAUGAAAAAGGCGCAGUAGCUGUUACCGUGUGCCCACACGGUUUUUUUUGUUAUUUUUGUAGUGAGGGUCGUUUUCAAAGGCAACACAACACAAUCGAUCUUCGCCAAUCAAUCAAUCAGUGUUUUGAAAAUGUUUGAUAUGAAAGAGAAAUGAAUUAUUUAUGGAUGAUAAGAAGGAGGAUGGUGGUGAUGAUGGUGAUGCUCCAUGAUGUAAUGUGUGUUGUGAUGUAAUAAAGUGCGAGUGUGAAUCCA